AGAAAUAGUUUAAAGCAAUUAAAAGAUUAUGUCGCCAGUAAUUCCUACACCAAAAACAUGGAAAGAAACUAAUCGUUUAUACAAAGAACAACGAAGAAAAUGGAAGCAAGAAAGGUUAGCAAAAAAAUUCAAGAAAGAAGAAAGUAAGAAGGAAUUAGAGAAUGAAGUGGCUAAAUCUGAUGAAAAACACUUUGAAAAAAAGGAUAUCUCGACUUUAAGCAUUGCCGUUCCUGGCUCCAUUUUAGAUAAUGCUCAAUCUCCGGAAUUACGAUCAUAUUUGGCAGGACAAAUAGCACGUGCAGCAUGUGUUUACAAAAUAAAUGAAAUCGUUGUUUUUGAUGAUAAAGGAGACAUAACUGAAGGUGAAAAGAAAAAAGUAAGAUGCGACGAAGUGUUAGGUGAAAGACGAGUUGCAUGUUUGCAAUUAGCCAGGAUAUUGCAGUAUCUUGAAUGUCCGCAAUACUUAAGAAAGUAUUUCUUUCCGAUUCAUAAAGAUUUACAAUAUGCUGGAGUAUUAAAUCCUUUGGAUGCCCCCCAUCAUUUACGUCAACAAGAUGUAUCUUUAUAUAGAGAAGGUGUGAUUACAAAUAAACCAAUUAAAACUGGCAAAGGUUCUCAUGUGAAUGUAGGAUUGUUAAACGAUGUUUGUGUGGAUAAAGCUUUAACUGCUGGAAUAAGAGUUACUGUAAAAAUACCCAAGGACCAACCAAAUCCAAAAAAAUUGAAAGGAUUCAUUGUGCCACCUAUUGUUCCUACAUCAGAUAUUGGAAUAUAUUGGGGAUAUACCGUAAGAUUAGCUAACAAUCUUACAGAAGUAUUAACACAGGGCCCUUAUAAGGAUGGAUAUGACUUGACUAUUGGAACUUCAGAUAAAGGAAAUUCUAUCGACGAUGUGAAAUCAAAUAGCAUUGAAUAUCAUCAUGCUUUAAUCAUAUUUGGGGGAUUAUCUGGAAUAGAAGAAGCAGUGGACAAUGACCCUAAUUUGAACGUGGAUGACAUUUCUGUAGUGUUUCAUCAUUAUUUGAAUACUUGUCCCGAACAAGGAUCAAGAACUAUUAGAACAGAAGAAGCUAUUCUAAUUACAUUGGCAGAAUUAAGAACAAAGUUGUGUCCUAAAGUUCCCUCAUUGUCAAAUGAUCAGUUUAGCAGUUUUGUAGAUAAUUGAACUAUCAAUCAAUAUAAGUGGCUGUAAGUAAAUAUAUCAAAAUUAUAAAA